AUGUCGCGGCUCCUCCGCACCUUCCUCGCCGGAGAGCGAGCGGCCCAUGCGCGCCCGGGCGACGUCGGCGUGCGCUUCGAGGCGUUCCUCGCCAGGGGCCUCACGGCGGUCGACGGAAAGGGAGUUUCCAGCGCGGACCUCGCGGCCGUGGCCACGCUGCUGUCGAAGCGGCACGCUCGGGCGGCGGCCGCCCUCGAGGAGGCGGGCGCCGGCGGGGCGGCGGCCCGCGCGGAGCUGCUGCGCAGCACGGCCUCGGUGGCGCUGCCGCUCGUGGCGGCGGGCGCGUUCUCGGCCGGGGAGGGCGCGGAGCUGCUGCACGCGCUGUCCCGGGCCCCCUGCGGCCACGUGCUGGCGGGGCUGCGCGAGGCGUCCGAGGCGCUCGCCGCUGCCCUCCCCGAGCUGCAGCCGCGCGGCCUGGCGCUCGUGGCCAACGCCUGCGCGCGGCUGCGCCUAGCGAGCGGGCCUCUGCUCGAGCGGCUGCCGCAGCGAGCGGCGGCGAGCCUGCGCGAGGCGGACGCCCCCGCACUGGCUGGCAUCGCCCACGCGCUGGCGAAGAUGAAGCUCGCCGACGGCGCGGCCGUGCGCGCUCUGGACCUGCGCUUGCCCGGCGUGCUGCCAGAGAUGGGCCCCGCGGAUGCCGCCCGCGUCCUCUUCGCCGUGGCGCGCCUGUCGCCGCCGUCCAGCCGAUCUCUGAUGGCCGCGCUCACGGGAGGGGGCGAGCAGGAGCCACCAGCGCGCACCUCCAGCUGCUCUGCGACCACUUGGCGCAGGCCAACCCUGCCGACAUCUCCGCCGAGACGGCCCUCCUUGCCUUACAAGCACUGGAUCUACUGCGCCUGCGGCACGACAGGCUGCUGCCAGGGCUGCUGGGCGCGCUUCGGUGGGACGCCCUGUCGCCCAGCCAGUUCUGCGUCGCCGUCCACGCGAGCGCGUGGCUGGCCGCGGCACCGCCGCUCCCCGCGGAGGGCCUGCUGUCGCUGCCGCAGGACCGCGACCGCGGCCCGGGGCGCGCGCCUGCAGAUCGCGGUCUCCUCCCUGGCGCUGCUGCUCUUCUCGGGGGGCCCGGGCCGCCCCGCGGCCUGGGGCGGCCCCGCGCUGCGGCGGUGGCCCCGGCUGCUGGCCAGGGCCGCCGCGGCGGCGCUGGCGCGCCCGGCGCCCGGCCGCGAGGAGGAGCAGGACAAGGAGGGCGGCGCCUCGCCGCACGUUGCCCUGAGCGCCACGGUGCUGCUCCCGCCGACGGCAGGCUGCCUGGCCCCGGCCGUCGCGACGGGCGACGGGCGGCACCUGCUGGACUUUGCGAGGCACAUGCACGCGCACGCGACGAGGUCGCCCGUGGGCGGGCUGACCACCUCGCGCCUGCAGGCGGCCGUGCAGAGCACCGUGCGGGCGCUCGGCCUCACGAGCGGAGCGGCCGUCGCGGCGGAGGAGCCCGCCGCUCCUUUCUGGCUCGACGUGGUGGUGCGGCACGGGAGCCUCGGCACGGGUGCCGCGAGGGCGCCAGCCGAGCCAAAAAGGGCCCGCGGCGUCUGCUUUAUCAUGGGAGGUGCGGGUGCCGGCACCGUCAAGCCAAUCCUGGGCGACAUCGGGGAGCUUGAGUCGGGGUCAGCUCUGACGGGGGAGAACCAGAGCGCAGGGUCUCGCGAGUUCUUCCGCUGCUCGGGCACGGCCGCCGCCGCUGGGCCAGUGGCCCUCGCGCCUGGGCGCCGGGCCAGCGCGGCAUCGACGGGGCAGUAUGUUUGCAGCGACGAGCUGUGGUACUGCGCCUUUGUCGACUGCUCUCUGCAGGAGACGCUGGGGGUCUGCUCCUGCAGCUGCGCCGCGGCCACCACGGGCACCUCCUCGUCGAGCGGGACUCCCACGGGCACUGCGACACAGACGUUCAUGCCAACCACGACCACAACCACCAGAAUUGCAGCAUCCAUCACCAGCUCAGUCACGACAGCGAGCGCCACAGACACCGAGGCUGUCACAUCUGCCGCCAGCUCGACGACGCCCACGGGGACGACUACGAGGACCUUGCACACGGAGGAGUUGUACUGCGGCAUGGUGGACUGCGGUAUACCAGAAGCGAUUCAGCAGUGUCCACGGACUUGCACGGGCACCACCAGCAGGACCUUUGCGAGCCCGACCCAGCUCACCACCACAGUGCUGGCCGCAGCCGCCAUCUUGACUGGCAGCUUCUCCCUGGCCGUCUCGGAACCAGACGGCCUGGCCCGCGCCUUUGAGCGGGGCGACGACGCCGUCGUCGCGGCGUUCGCCUCUGGUGUCGCAGACGUACUGCGCGUCGCGACGCCUGGCCUGGUGGCCGGCGCUGGCCCCGCCGGCGUGCGGGUCUCUUUCGUGGUGCGGCUCUCGUCCUCCGAGGGCCUGUCGGUGCAGCGGCGCUUCCUGCAGGCGGCGGCUCGGCUGGAGUCGCUUCUGGCUCUGGAGCUGGCCAAGGAGAACUUCGCGGUCCUCGGCGUCAGCGACCUGGAAGCUGCCGUGGAGUUCGUGGCCGCCGCCGGGACCACGACGCCGUCCGACUCGGUGCGCGCCGGGGCGGGCGCCAGCUCCGAGCUGCUCGCAGUGGUGGCCUCGCUCGUGGUCGCGACCUGUGGCGUCGGCGCCUUCACCUGGAGGCAGUCCAGAAGUCGCCUGCGCAAGCGCCGCGAUGGCGAGCGCGACGCCAGCGGCCACGGCGUCGUCCCCGUGGUCGACUGCGGCCCUGGGCUGGCGCCGCUGGACUUCACCGCACCCCCAGAGGACGGUGUGGACCAGAGCCUGCCGCAGCCUCCGUACACUUCGAGGAUGGGUCCGGUCACGGAGCGGUCCCAGGUCCUGCAGCCGCCGCCGGGGAAGGACCUGGCGGGGCUAGGACGAGGAUAAAUCUGUUCCAGAGCGUUCCAGAACGCUCUCAGAGCGAUCUGGAAGUCUCUGAGAGGGCCGCCCGCGACGCCCAAGAGAUCCUCCAGAGCCGCCGGAUCUCAGAGCCGCCGGAUCUCAGAGAUUCUCGAUUCAUCCUCACCCGAAUUUGUCUUCGUUCUGGCGUCGUCUUGAAGGAGGAAGGUAGCGAGUCGACCGCAAGUCUCCUGUGCCCCAUGAUGACCACCCCUGGUGUCCAGAGCCUACCGUCUGUCAUGGUCGAGGACAGGCCCCCAGCUGGCGUAUUGGCGCCAGAUGCCAGUGUUUGGCGGCUCAGGCUCGGCGAGCUGGCCACCAUCGAGGGCGUUUGGGACCCGCCCUGGAGCGAGGCGCGGCCCGCGGCGGCGGCGAAGGGCGGCUGCGUUCUCAUGGAGGUGAGCUGCCAGUACUGAUAGGCGCAGUGUUGCCUCGCGGGAGUGUUCGUUGUUCUCUGGGAUGGGCGCGAGUGGCGCCCAACGCGCUCGGGCGAGGUGACUCUGGCCUGCCUGGCGCAGACCUCCUCCUGGCCCACCCACCCCUCUGCCGCCCCCGGCUGCCCUUCUCCUCCUCCCCCCCGGGCGAAACGUUGCGCUCGGCGAACUAUCGGACAGGGUGAAGUCCUUGCACCCCGGACGGCCCCGCCGUUUGCUCUCUGCGGUGUGCCCUGAUUUUGCUGUCCUCGUUGCCACCACUGGCUGGUCGCACGGGUGGGAUCGAGACUCGCUUUACCACCCAUCUUUGUGUUCAUCCUUCGCAGGAUGCUUGAGAGAAUGAGCGUAGGAUGGCGCACGCUGCCGUCCUGCAGCGGAGGUUUUGCACACAUGUUCCCGUGCGAACUCCCAGACCGUUCGCUGUUACGAAAAAGAUCGACGAUGGACGGUUUGAGCAAGUGGGCUGGGUUGGAAUUUGGAAUUCGCGCAGUCCAGCGGUGAGUAAUCACAUCGCUUGGCGCCUCGCACCUGGGUCUUCGAGCUGCCAGUAUUGGUAUGGUGUUGGCGCUGGACCCCAACGGGGCCAGAGAGCCUCGUCUUCUUUUCUGGCGCCAGCGAGCGCCGCUGAUGUCGCACAAUGAGUCCUGUGCGCAUCUGCUUUCAGGCGCAGACGUGGCCGGGGCGCAGGCAGCGCUGCAGAAGCUGUCCCUGGUCCCCGGAUCAGCCAAUCGUUCAGUGCACAUCCUCUCCAUCGACAGCCCUGGCCUGCGCCCUCACGCGCUACUGUGCCGGCCUGGCACACGGACCCUUCUGCUGCGCCGUUCUGAUGGCAAAUUAUAAGGACAGCCGGCUCUCGGCCUGCCAGAAUGAAUCUGCGCACGUGAAACGGGCGCGCGCAUCGUUUUUGCAUAUGUAUAUUGGCGGCGCACAUUCGCAGGACGUUAUCUUUACCAGACUGAUAGUUUGUUUGCUAUGGCAUGCUUUGUGGCUUCACAUUUGCCUUGCCGUAAUCGUCAUCUGCAGUGGUCCGCUCCGUUUUUUGGCUGUCCUGGGCCCCCGCAGUGCCCCUCGGAAGCCGAACGUGGCAAGAGGGCUCCCCCUCGAGUUCUGCAUGUCGCGAAAAG